AUGCAAGUUCCUGUGCGAUUUUUGACGCUUAUAUGUGCCACAUUAUGUCUCACCUCGAUUUUGUCGAACAUGAACACAUUCAAUUUCACCAAAAUUUGUAUGCAAGAUGAGAAAAAUAAUGUGAAUUUAACGAAAUGGGAAGAGAGUUUUUUGCAGUCGAGUGUUGCUAUUGGAAGUUUGGCAGCUUCGAUACCGUAUUCGAUUGCUUAUCAGCACUUUUCCCAUAAGUACGUCUUCAUAUCGGCUGGUAUCAUAUCAGCAGUGUCGACGACACUUGUGCCAUUAUGCAGUUCACUUGGAUUCGGUUAUUUCGCUGCCGCUAGAAUAUUUCAAGGUGUCGCAUUUUCUGCAACGUUUCCGCUUGCUGGUAGCAUCACUGCUCGUUGGGCGACACCUCAUGAGCAUGGAGUGUUCAUCGGGCUUCUCACUGGCAACACCCAACUUGCCAACAUUUUCACGAUGCCUGUCUCCGGUUGGCUUUGUUCGUCGUCGGCUGGCUGGAGGAGUGUGUAUUACGUGCAUGCUGGUGUCAGUGUCGUUGUUUUUGCCAUAUUUCUUUUGUUCUUCAAAAAUUAUCCCGAAGAGCAUUGUUGGAUCGGCCGUCGGGAGUUGGACAAACUCGAGAAAACCAGAAAAUCUCAAAAAGUCUCCAAAAAUCUGCCACUUUGCCAUAUUAUCACCUCACUCCCUUUGUGGGCCUGUUGGAUUGGUGCAAUAGGCGACUUGAUCACAGUUCAACUCGUUUCCAUGUUCAAUCCGCAAUACAUGAAGAACUACCUUGAUUACGAUGUGCUUUCUUCGGGAUUUCUCGCGGCGCUUCCAAUCAUUUUUCAAUUCUUCGUGAAAUUAACGUCAGGAAUCAGUAGUGAUUUGAUAAAAUGCAUAUCAGAAACUCUUAAAACCAAAAUUUUCAACACGAUUGCCCUAGGAGUUUCAGCAGUUUUCUUUAUUGUUCUCGCAUUUAUUCCUCAAAAAGACCAUUUAACAGCAAUUAUUAUUUUGGUGUUUGCUGAAAGUCUUCUUGGCUGUAACACUGCUGGAUUCAAUAAAUGUGCGACUUUGCAUUCUCAACAAUACGCGUAUUUUGCAAUGCAACAGAUAAUGAACAUUUGGGCGUUGACAAUUUUCAUUGAACCGUAUUUUGUGAACAUGAUUCUUCAUGAAAAUUCAUUUGCGGAUUGGAGGAAUUGCUUCCUGGCUCAUGCCAUUAUUCUGUUGGUUGUCAACACAUUCUUCUGCAUUUUUGCCGAUGCAAGACCAGCGUGGUGGACGAAAAAUGGAGAAGACAGUGAAGAAGAAUGCAAAGAUGAAAAAACAAAGCUAUGA